UUUCCUGUCUACUAUCUCAUUCAAGCCUAUUGAUUCUGUUUUGCAAUUGUGGAUGUGGAUCACUAUUAAGUUUCUACGCUCUCGUCUUUUCUGCACUACUUCUUCUUUCUUUCAUUAGCUUCGUUAGCCACGCCUUCACCCUCCCAUCCAUCAUCACCUUUACUCUUCAUCUCUGUUCAUCUUCAUCAUCCAUCACCUUCUACAGUUCCACACAUGCACAGGGAAAUCCCAAUAGACCAUAACAUAAAACUCUCAACACCCACACUAUGAAGAGAACCGGAAAUCAGGGGAAGGCUUGGUAAGACUGAAAAGAAAGGAAGUGAGGAGCAGCGGCGGCUCUGAAUUGCAAUAACCCGUUUCGGGUCUGCGUCGGUGCUCCGGUGAUAGUGCUCGGUCGUGCGACGGCCACGGCAUUGUCGUGGUGGUGGCUCCAGAUUGCUCUGGUGGCGGAAUUCCCGGCGAUUUCCGAUGUGGGUAUUGGGAGGUGGUAGAAACGCGUUUUUAAAGAGGAAGAACACGGAGGGAAAUCAUGUCGUCGCCGGCGAAGCUUCCGGUGGUGACCGGCGUCGCCAGCGAUGGCCCUGGCCAAUCGAGUAGCAUGCGGCGACGGGAGGGGCUGCUGGCAAUGGUGGUUCACACGGGGAAUAUGAAGAAUGGAGGAGACCUUGAGGAUUUAUGUUUUUGGAUAUACGGUUGGAUUCUCCUCCUCUCAUUGUCUGGAGGCUUAACAAAUGUCAUCAUCAAGGUAUCUCCUCAGUAAUGGUAUCCUUUUACAGUCCUCAGAUGCCCCUACAGUCAAAAACUUCCUUGAAACUCAUCCAGGUGCUUACACGACAUCACGUACUCACAGCAAUGCUUCGUGGGUGUUAUUUUGGGAAAGGCAUAUGAAAAGACUUUCAGAAUCUAUACAAAUUCUAUCAAAUUCCGCCCCAUGGCUUCUAUUUAAAUCUAAUCAUCCUGCAGUUUUGUCACCGUCAUCAGCAAUCUUGCCAAUAUGGCAACCCACUGUACAGGUGCUUGUUAAUGAUUCUCUAUGCAAAGUCUUGCCAAUUGCUCUGAAAGAAAGGAAAGUUUGUCAGGAGCUGGCCAUUACAACUCUUGUUAGUGGUAAUUUAGAGGAAUUAAAUGCAUGUGAAACUGUUAGCAACGAAAACAUGAGUAAAAUUCUCGAUGUGCAUGUGCAUGUUGAAACUUAUGUUCCUCCUACAUUCGGUAUUUGGGGAAAUGGUGUACAUUUGGCUUUGGUGGGCCAUGGGAGGAAUGUCGCAGCUGCAAAAUAUUCAGAUUGGGUAAGGAUUAGGAAGCCUCUGGAAAAGCUCAGGCCUCCCUCCGUGACCGAACUGGUGCUGUCAAAUGAUGGGGAUCAGAUCCUGGAAGGUUGUGUGACAAAUUUUUUUGUUGUUUGCAGCAAGGUUUUGGAUUCAAAUGAUGGGAAGGACCGGUGUGAUUCCUUUGAAGUACAAACAGCUCCUAUCAGUGAUGGUGUCCUUCCAGGAACAAUACGCCAACUAGUGCUUGAGGUAUGCAGGAAUGAAGGAAUUCCAUUUCGAGAAGUUGCUCCCUCGUGGUCAGAACAUGAAAUUUGGGAGGAGGCAUUCAUCACGAAUAGCUUGAGGCUUUUGCAACAUGUGGAUAAUAUUCAGGUUCCAACAGAAUGGAAAUCAGCCCAUUCUAAAACUUGGAAGGAAAUAUCAUGGACCAAAAAGCAAUUUCAGGGUGGACCAGGGAGGAUCACAACUGUUAUCCAGGAAAAGAUUAUGGAGAAAGCAGUUACGGAAGGGUACCCAAUAAGUAACAUAUAUGCAUGUUGCUAAUGCGAUGGGAUGAAACGGACGAUAGUUGACCUUCUCCUUCUUUGGUUGACUUUUACAUUCGCUAUUCCAUAUUUCCUUGGCUCAUCAACUACAUGACAAUCUUAUCUCUUGGAACGUGGCCAUUUUCUUGAAUCUGUAGUCUGAACAACUUCAUGAAUUAGUCAGAGAUCCAAUAGAGAGAAUAGGAAUAAAAAUAGAGAAUCCAUCUCUAAUACUCAGGUCUGGCACUAUUUUAUUUUCUCGUCGUACAAUAUUAUCCUCUUGUAUCUGUUUAUGUGGAAAAUGACUUGAACGAAACAAUAUAAUAAAAAGUAUUCUAAAAA